AUGAUUUUCCACAUUAGGGCGACGAAGGCGCUCCAGAUGGCCCUGUACGUCUCGCCGGGUUUCUCCCGCGCGGCAGACGCUCACCUGCGUCUGGCCCUCAUGUUCAAAGCCCGCCGGCACUGGGGAGCAGCUGCCGUCCACUUCAGGAGAGCGAGACUAGCUCCACACCAAGAUGCGACAUUCACACGCUUAGAGCUCAGCUUCCAUGCAGCUCAUCUCCUCGAGGCACGAGGACUGCGAAAAGCCGCGAGAGAUGCAUACGAGCGGCUACUAAAAGAACCACAAUUAUCGUCUACGUUGAAAGCGGAUGUCUGCCGACAGCUAGGAUGGUUAUACCAUCGAUGUGCGUCUCUCGGCGAGCCAGCAGCCCGCGCUCGGGCAGCAAUCUGGUGCCUUCAACGAGCUGUCGUGGCUGAGCCAGAAUCAGGCGCGGGACUUUAUCUUCUCGGAAGAUGUUUUGCCGCACAGGGAAAAGUACACGAUGCGUUCAUUGCAUAUAGAAACUCCGUAGAGAAAUCGGAAGGCAAUGCUGACACUUGGUGUUCAAUUGGGGUGCUUUACCAGCAGCAGAACCAGCCAAUGGACGCGCUACAAGCAUACAUAUGCGCAGUGCAACUAGACAAGGGUCACUCAGCAGCGUGGACGAACUUGGGCAGUUUGUACGAGAGCUGCGCGAUGGCGCGUGAUGCGUUCGCGUGUUACAACAACGGAGGAGCUCGCGCGACGCUCGCGAGUGCGCCGCUGCGUCAGCGCCUGGCCUUCCUCCGCGCGCACCUCGCGCACGCGCCCAUGCCCUCCGUCACCGGCAAGCGACGGCCACUGCCAUCUAUUGAGGAGGCGUGGAACUUACCUAUAUCAGCGGAGAUGUCGUCCCGCGCGCCCAAAGCCGCGCCUCCCCCCUACCCUGGCGCGGGGGGCACUGGGGGUCCAGGGGGCACGGGGGGUGCAGGGGGCACUGGAGGCCCCGGGGGCGCGGGCUCAGGGGGCGGGGCAGUGGUACCCAAGCGAGAUGAACCCGUACCCCUGACCAAUCACCAGCUCCAAACGCUGCAAUACUUACAGAGGAACUCCCAUAACCUAUCACCUCAGCAACAAGCGCUGAUGCAACAGCUGCUAUCUCAGUACCGUCUCUCUCAAGCGGCGAGAGCGCGUACGGUGGCCAAAAGCGAAAGUAGCGGCGACAGCGCCGAGUCGCUCGCAGAAGACUUGUUGAAGAAAUUCUCAGACUCACAGCCGGAUAUAAAGAAGGAACCAGUUAGCAAAAGCCCUCAAAAUGGCAGUAGCAGCGAGGCGGUGCUCGGCGGCCGCCAGCCCGUCGUCAAACUCGAGCCGCUCAAAAGCGACCCUCUCAAGCCUGUCUCCUUCCACGUUGCGCUCACCUCUAAGCAGAUACUCGACACGUGCAAAGAUAACGCAGGUGCGCCGUCGUCGUGGUCGGUGCUGGGCGACGGCUGCGGGCCGCCCUCGCCGCCGGGUGUGCCGCCGCCGCGCCUCUCCGCCGAGCAGCUGGCGCCGCCCGCGCCCUUCGUCUACGUGGAGUCCAAGCGCGACGCCUUCUCGCCGCAGCUGCAAGACUUCUGCCUCAAGCACCCCAUCGCCGUGGUGCGCGGCCUCACCGCCGCGCUCAAGCUCGACCUCGGCCUCUUCUCCACCAAGACGCUGGUGGAGGCGUGGCCCGACCACGCCGUGGAGGUGCGCACGCAGCUCAUGCAGUCGGCGGACGAGAACUGGGACCCGAGCGGGCGGCGCCGCGUGUGGGCGUGCGCGUCGCAUCGCUCGCACACCACCGUGCGCAAGUACGCGCAGUACCAGGCCGGCUCCUUCCAGGAGUCGCUGCGCGAGGAGCGCGAGCGCGGCGCCGCGCCGCCGCACGCCGGCGCGCUGUCCGACAGCGACGGCCGCGAGUCCGCCUGCGGGCCCGCCAAGCGCCGCCGCGCCGCGCGCAUGCUGCGCUUCGGCACCAACGUCGACCUCUCCGACGAGCGCAAGUGGCGCCCGCAGCUCACCGAGCUGCAGAAGCUGCCCGCCUUCGCGCGCGUCGCUUCCGCUGCCAACAUGCUCUCGCACGUCGGACACGUCAUCCUCGGCAUGAACACCGUCCAGCUCUACAUGAAGGUGCCCGGCAGCCGCACGCCCGGUCACCAGGAAAACAACAACUUCUGCUCCAUCAACAUCAACAUCGGCCCCGGCGACUGCGAGUGGUUCGGCGUGCCGGACUCGUACUGGGGCGGCGUGCGGGAGCUGUGCGACCGCCACGGGCUGUCGUACCUGCACGGCUCGUGGUGGCCGGACCCGGACGAGCUGCGCGCGCACGGCGUGCCCGUGUACCGCUUCACGCAGCGCCCCGGCGACCUGGUGUGGGUGAACGCGGGCUGCGUGCACUGGGUGCAGGCCACCGGCUGGUGCAACAACAUCGCAUGGAACGUGGGCCCGCUCACCGCGCGCCAGUACUCGCUCGCGCUCGAGCGCUACGAGUGGAACAAGGUGCAGAACUUCAAGUCGAUAGUGCCGAUGGUGCACCUGACGUGGAACCUGGCGCGCAACAUCCGCGUGUCGGACCCGCGGCUGCACCGCGCCAUGCGCACGUGCCUGCUGCAGACGCUGCGCGCGGCGGCCGGCACGCUGCAGGCGGUGCGCGCGCGCGGCGUGCCCGUGCGCUUCCACGGGCGCGCGCGCGGCGAGGCGUCGCACUACUGCGGCGCGUGCGAGCGCGAGGUGUGGCACGCGCUGCUGGUGCGCGAGCACGAGCGCCGCCACGUGGUGCACUGCCUGGCGUGCGCGCGCCGCGCCAGCGCCGCGCUGCAGGGCUUCCUCUGCCUCGAGGAGCACCACAUGGAGGAGCUGUGCCAGGUGUACGACGCCUUCACGCUGCACCGCCCCGCGCCGCCGCUGCACGCGCCGCCGCACACGCCCGCGCCCGCCACCGCCGCCACCACGCCCGAC